CGUGAAUGAAGCAUCCUCAGAGCAUCCAGGAGCCCCGCACGGUGCAGGCUGCUUUGUUUAUUUCUCCACUAUCCCUGCUUCUGCUGCGGGAUAAAAUAACGGAGGCUCACCUCGGUUCUCAUAUGCAGUCUUCAAAACCAACACGACGUUGGUGUGUUUAUUCUACUAACUGCCAUGGCUAGAAGAACGGACACCCCAUCUUCUUAUCAUGGUGAACCAAUCAAGUUUGAUCCAAACUUCAGAGGGCCUGUUCAUAACAGGAGCUGCACUGAUGUGCUUUGCUGCAUUAUCUUUGUCAUCGUUAUCCUUGGUUACAUCGCCCUGGGUACUGUGGCCUGGAUUCAUGGAGACCCCAGGAAAAUCGUGUAUCCAACUGACAGCCAGGGUCAGUUUUGUGGCCAGCAGAACACCUCGAAUGCAAACAAAGCCAUAUUAUUCUACUUCAACAUGCUGAAAUGUGCCAGUCCUGCAGUUUUAAUUAACCUCCAGUGCCCUACAACUCAGCUCUGCGUCUCCAAGUGCCCUGACAGAUUUGCCACACUGCUGGAAGUUUCAGGUACCAACAACUGGGGAUAUUACAAGCAAUUCUGCAAGCCUGGUUUUGUGAUUGGCAGUAAGUCGAUUGCAGAGGUGAUUCGAGAUGAAGAUUGUCCUCCAAUGAUUGUGCCAAGCAGACCAUUGCUACAGCGGUGCUUCCCAGAGUUCAAGUCAAAGGAUGGAGUAUUAACUGUAGCCGAUCAGACCACCUUCAAAGACGGUAACAACAAUACGAGGAGCGUCAUUGAUCUGAAAGAUGCUGCCAUAAGGAUAGCCAGUCUGCUGAACGCCAAAGAAGUUGGCAUCAAGAUCCUUGAGGAUUAUGCAAACUCCUGGAUAUGGAUCUUGGUAGGCCUGGGUUUUACCAUGGCGCUCAGUCUGAGCUUCAUCCUUCUGCUGCGCUACAUUGCUUGUGUGAUACUGUGGCUCAUGAUCUGCGGCAUCAUCUCUGCAGUCGGUUACGGUAUAUGGCACUGUUUCAAAGAGUACAGCGUUCUGAAAACAAAACCAGAUGUGAAUGUCACCAUCUCUGAUAUUGGCUUCCAGGCAGAUUUCAGCAUCUACCUUGAGCACAGCCAGACAUGGCUCAUCUUCAUGAUCCUGCUUAUUGUGGUUGAGGUUGUCAUCGUGAUUAUGCUGAUUUUUCUGAGGUCAAGCCUGGGCAUCGCUUUUGCACUGCUGAAGGAGGGAAGCAGGGCCAUCUUUUACAUCAUGUGUACACUCUUCUACCCGAUCAUCACCUUUUUCCUUCUUGGAAUCUGUAUAGCCUACUCUGCUGUCACAGCAGUCUUUUUGGCCUCUUCAGGUAAAGCGAUCUACAAGGUGACCCCUGCAGAUGAUCAGUGCAUGUAUGCAAACAUUACCUGCAGUCCACAGACCUUCAAUCAGACCAACAUUACCAAAGUUUGCCCUGGAGCACAGUGCUUGUUUGCUUUCUAUGGUGGAGAGAGUGUGUACCACCGCUACAUCCUGGUCCUACAUCUUUGUAACCUGUUUGUGUUCCUCUGGCUGGUCAACUUUGUCCUGGCUUUGGGGAAAUGCACCCUUUCAGGGGCAUUUGCUUCUUACUACUGGGCAAAGAGGAAACCAAAAGACAUCCCAUCCUGUCCAGUUUACUCUUCAUUCAGCAGAGCCAUACGUUACCACACCGGUUCUUUAGCCUUUGGUUCUCUAAUCCUCGCUAUGGUGCAGAUGAUCCGAAUUGUUCUUGAGAACCUCAAUCACAAAGUGAAAGGUUCUCAAAAUGCUUUGACUCGGUUCCUGCUCCACUGCCUCAGCUGCUGCUUCUGGUGCCUGGAAAAUUUCAUCAAGUUUAUCAACACAAAUGCAUACAUUAUGAUAGCAAUAUAUGGGCAGAACUUCUGCAGAUCUUCCAAGGAGGCUUUUGAUCUCUUGAUGAGGAAUAUUGUUCGGGUGGUUGUCUUGGACAAUGUCAUCUCCUUUCUGCUGUUGUUGGGAAAGCUGGUUAUUUCAGGUGGAGCUGGUAUCCUUGCAUUCUUCUUCUUCUCUAAGAGAAUACCCCUUUUUCAAGAAAUGGUACCUCCGCUUCACUUCAUUUGGGUCCCCGUUCUGACGGUGAUAAUUGGAUCGUUCAUGAUCACAAGUGGCUUUUUUAACGUCUACGCCAUGUGUGUGGACACGCUGUUCCUUUGCUUUUGUGAAGACCUGGAGAGGAAUGAUGGCUCUUCUUCCAGGCCCUACUACAUAUCUCCAGGUCUGCACAAGAUCCUCCGCAAAGGAGAGGAGCGUGCCAAAUCAAGUGCUUCCUCCUGAGCGACGUGCAGUUGUGUUCCUGAACUAUUGAUUUUGACUCAUGUCUCCAUCUGCUCUGUGUGCGGAGGGUUUGCAAGUUCUCGAGGGCUAAACAUCUAAACUGGAUGCACGGAUGAUUCAAACAUGAAAGGACAUGUUUAAGGAUUCAGGUUCCAAAGCAUAGUGGAUGAAAAAAAGACAAAAAAACAACACUUGACUUUGCUUCCUCUCAUGAGCCAGUUCAGAUACCUGCCUUUUUUCUCUGCUAUGCUUUUCUUCGUGUUCCUCUAUUUUCAGCUGACCUCUGCCUUACUAUGAGGGUACACAUAAUACACAGGAUGGAUGCACAAGCUGAGACUCAUAGCUUUUUUCUGUUUGUUUGUUAUUUAACCCAAACAAACAUGGGGACCCUAAAUUGUACAGAUGCCACAGGUGGACUACAGUGUAAAGCAUCACACUAUAAAGUGUUGGACUUCUGGGCACUUUCUUCUUGCACUUUGCUCUUUUCUUGUAAAAUCAUCUGUUUUACUCACCUACAGUGAUGGAAUCAUGUGUUUUAUUUCCUGCCUGCAGCAUGAUUAUUUUGCUGUUGUUUUCCAUGUUUUCGGUGGUUUUCAUCUAUCAUAAUCCUAACAUGGAUCCCAAAGUUAUUUUAACGCUACACGAGCUAAACUGUUGCAUAUUUUCAGUUUGCUUUACAGAUUUCUCCUUUUUAUUUAACUCUCCCUUGUAUGUACUGUAACACAGAGGCUUUGUGGGAGGUUAAGACUGUAAAAUGUGAUUUUUAUGGUUAUUGCUUAAAACAUGGACAGAACCUGAGACAUUUCAGGAAUAUAUGAAUGCAGCCGCUAGUUUAUGUGCCUAGUUGUCAAAAAAAAGGAAUCAAAAUGCUCCUCCUUCUGUGAUUUUAGACCUACAACUUGGAGUUUUUUGGGAUAACGUUUUUAAAAGGAUUUUAAAGCCAUCUUUGGUAUUCUUUUUAUUAUUAUUAUUGGAUGGUUCAGAUGUUGUGCUGUUUAUUACUCAGUAUAAUACACACCUCUGUCUGGAAAUUGAUCUGUGUUGUUUUUGUACAGGAUUUUUUUUUUCCUAAACUUGAUGAAUCCAAUGAAAAUGUGAUCAUUUGUUUUUGAAUAAACAUAAAUGGAUGAAGCAUCUCCCAAUGCACUUGAAGAGGUUUUAAAUUAAUAGC